GCAGGUGGUGAAGCUCUCUAUUGUCCUGACCCCACAGUUCCUGUCCCAUGACCAGGGCCAGCUCACCAAGGAGCUGCAGCAGCACGUAAAGUCAGUGACAUGCCCAUGCCAGUACCUGAGGAAGUGGCCCUGGGUGACUCAAGUGCCCAUUCAAUGACCAGGACACAGAAGUUUUAGAGAGAUGCUCCAUGAGGCCCCAGGACCCAGGAGCCCUACCCCCUGUCCUUCCCUCGUCAGCCGUACAUGAUGAUUUACUGCUGUUACCAUCAUCACUGCCCUUAGUGGCCAAGGGCCUUCCAAGGUGCCAGCUCUGCAACGAAAGAUGCCCUUGGGAGAUGAUGACACUCAGAGUGACCUUGAGGAAUCCUGGGAGCUCAGGAAGGAAGGAGUGCCCAGAAGCAGGGACAGGGAGCUGGCUGGGGAGGACCAGAAAUCAGGUUAUCAAUUCUCUGCCUGAUGAUUUUCAUCCUGGGACUGACUUUUGUGGAAUUCCUUGGAUAGUUAUCAUUAUUGUGUUUCUGGGAAUUUCUACACUUGCCAUUUUCCUCUGGAAAACUAGCCUUUGUGUGUCUUUCCUCAAGACUGUCUUAAAGUCACAAAAUGUACAUGACGGAUCCAAGGAUGUACAGCGGAAAGCCUGGAGGUCCAAUAGCCGUAGCCGGGAAGGAAUUAAAUUUGGCCGGGAAGACCUCUUUACUUCAUGGAGACAUAUGGAAGCCAAAGUUCGAGCUGAAGUCCGUAAGGUGACAGGGAAGGUCAACAGUCAUUACAAAAUCAAUGGACAGAGGAAGACUGCCGAGGAGGAGAAACAAAACAUGAAAGAAUGUGAGCAAGCAGAAAAUGAGAGGCAGCUAUCAGAGGCAGAGGAGAAUGGGAAAUUGGAUAUGAAAGAAAUACACACCCAACUGCAACCGUUUCAACGCACGCAAGAGUUGCAGCGGCGGGCAGAGGACUACUACAGAGGCAAAAUCGCCCCUUCUGCAAGAAGGCCUCUUGCCAACUCAGGAAGUUUGUUUGUUUUCCUUGCUUUUGGACAUAGUCUGCCAGGUCAGGACAUGGAUGUAUUUUUCUCCCCACACCUCUGUGCUCAAGCCUUGCAAAGGUGGAUGGCAGAGAGGAAGGCUGCCUACAAGCGGCACAGGUGUGAAAUGAGGCAAAAGCAGAGAGUGCCAGAGAGACACAUGAGUCAGGAGCCAGUCCAGGGACGACCGGGCCUAGAGAACCCUUUCUGGAGGGAUUCAGGACCUCAUUGGGUUCCCAUGAGGAACAGCAGCGGCGUCCCAGCUGAAAACACAGAGAAGACAAAGGUAAAUGCUGGGGACGUUUUCACUCUUCCUAUAUCAGGACGCUUUGGUCUUUUCCGACAAUGCCCUCUCCUGGCCUGGCCUCUGUUCUGUAGGUUCUGUGGUGCCUUUUCUGUCUCGACUUCUUGAGAAGCAAAAUCUUCUCCAUGAGCUUUCAGGCUUCUCCGUUCCCAGCUGAUCAUCGUUGGUGGCACCUCCAGAAUCCAUAAAAGCUCAGGGACCGAGGGCUGAAGGGCUUUUACUGUUCUGUUUCCAGAAAUAACACGAGGAGGCACCACUGACCUCCAGUACUGUAGGUCUCAUGGCGCGGUGAACUCUGACUGAUCCACCUUACCCAAGAUGUUGUGGGGUCUCAUUUCCGAAAUAUGUGGGAUUUUCUUUUGCUGUGAUUUUGUUUGCAUUCUGCCAUAAUGUAGGUGAUUAACGUUUGAAAUAUCUGCUGUAUUCCCAGAAGUGAAAAUAGUGAAAACGCAUUAAUCUAACAUUAAUUUGUGCUUUGUGCAAUUUUGAAUGCUCUUUGACAAGGCCAAUUCCAUAGUUCGUCACAGUCCCAUCCCUGUUGGUAACCAUGUUGUGCAAAAACACCUUCAUACCCACCCAGUGGGGCCCCUGAUCUAAUAUUCUAAGUGUCAGAGGUUCCAUAUUUGUAAUAGCAAAUAGGCCCUGACUGUAAAUUAGUGAAGAGUGAAUGUAACUUAUUACCUACAGGGACAAUUCCAAAUGAAGGCCUUAAAUGAUGCUCAGCUAAGCUGAUUCUUGUGUGGCCUCUGUACCUUCAAAAGCUGCCGAGUCCUAUGAUUACACAUGAUGGGACUUGUACACUUGAAGUGAAACACAGUUUUAAAACUUGCUUUCUUUAGAAUUCCCACCUCAUUUUUCCAUGGGGUAUUCUUUAUGUCGUAGUGCACUUACAAUUUGGUAUUACCUGGGAGUGAAAAGAAAUAUUACAGCCAUGUCUAACUGACUUCUUGAGAUAAGAUUGUUCUGUCAGAAAUCCCUCUCCCAGUUCCCCUGAAGCUCUUCAGGAAUCCACAUCUCUCCAGAGCUCUUUGUUCUCAUGGGUGGCACCUCCAGAGUGAAGAAGAUCCUUUGUCCAGAAGGGAAACAGAGGGGAAAUGAGAGGGUCCCGCAGGCAGAGCUGGAAUCAACUUCCACUCUGCCUCUUGCAAGCUGUGUGACCCUGGGCACAAUUUCUCCUUCCUCUGGAAACCUCUGUUUUCUUCGAUUUGGAGCAGGGUGGUCACACUGACCUUGCAGAGUUCUGAGAAUCAGAGACAGAACAUAAAAGGCCUGGAAAACAUUCUCCAAAAAGAAGCUGCAACAUGUGUGGACAAUGGGCUUUUCAUGCCUCUCUUACUCUCUGUUGACCUGGUGCAAGAAACGUGCUCUGGUGCUGGCUGUGAGGGAGGAAAGAGGAUAGACAUAGACACUCCUGUGUCUCAAACAUGCUUCUUUAUUACCCUGUUAUUACUCUGUCUUCCCUGGGGCAGGACCCCAGCCUGCCUCCAUUUGCAAACAGACACAGUGGCAUGUGGAGACAACAGUGUGUCCCAGUGACUUUUCUUUACUCCCCAGCUGUGGGCAGUACUCAGUGGAAGGGUGAUAUUAUGACACUGAUACUGCUAUUUUGAAACCUGGAGGAGGGAAAGGUGCAAAAAUCUAUCACCAGCAACAGAAGGUGCAGCCUGUGUUGGUGGCGGUAAUUUUGUCCAUCAAAUGAAUAUGUGUGAAAACAUUUCCUCCUUCGGCCCUACAGGUCAGGAUGGCGGCAGUGGAGCACCAUCAUUCCUCAGGGUUGCCCUACUGGCCCUACCUCAUGGCUGAAACUUUAAGAAAAAGGAUGGGCCACAAGCCAACUCCUCCACCUCAGUGUGAUCUGAGAGGUCAACCACAUCCAUCAGUUAAAGGGUGUCUGAGACUGCUGACUCUUUCUCGACUACAGUGUCUACUAGGACCUCAACCACAUUCAACAACUGAUGAUUUUCUGAGAAGAGAGACACCUCAAGACGAGUGUGCCCUGGGACCUGAACCACUUCCUCGAGCUGAUGAUUUUCUGAGACUCAAGACACCUCCCGAGGGUCUUUUCAUACCAAUUUCCCCUUUUCCAGUUGAUGAUUCUCUGAGCCUGAAGACACCUCCCGAGUGUCUUCUGGUACCCCUUCCACCUUCUCCAGUUGAUGAUUUUCUGAGACCACAAACACCUCCCGUCCAGUGUCACCUGAGACCUGUACCAUUUCAUCAAGCUGAUGAUAUCAGGAGACUCAAGAAACCUCCUGACUGUUUUUUCACACCCCUUCCACCUUCUCCAGUUGAUGAUUCUCUGAGCCUGAAGACACCUCCCGAGUGUCUUGUGGUACCUCUUCCACCUUCUGCAGUUGAUGAUUUUCUCACACCAAAAACACCUCAACUACAGUGUCACCUGAGACCUGUACCAUUUCAUCGAGCUGAUGAUAUUAGGAGACUCAAGAAACCUCCUGACUGUUUUUUCACACCCCUUCCACCUUCUCCAGUUGAUGAUUCUCUGAGGCUGCAGACACCUCCUGAGUGUCUUCUGGUACCCCUUACACCUUCUCCAGUUGAUGAUUUUCUCACACCACAGGCACCUCCCAUCGAGCGUCGCCUGGGACCUGUAGCAUUUCCUCGAGCUGAUGAUUUUAGGAGACCCAAGGAACCUCCCGAGUGCUUUUUCGCACCCCUUCCACGUUCUCCAGUUGAUGAUUCUGUGAGCCUGAAGACACCUCCCAAGUGUCUUCUGGUAUGCCUUCCACCUUCUCCAGUUGAUGAUUUUCUCACACCACAGGCACCUCCCAUCGAGCGUCGUCACCUGGGACCUGUAGCAUUUCCUCAAGCUGAUGAUUUUAGGAGACCCAAGGAACCUCCCGACUGUUUUUUCACACCACUUCCACCUUCUGCAGUUGAUGAUUCUCUGAGCCUCAAGACACGUCCCGAGUGUCUUCUGGUACCCCUUCCACCUUCUCCAGUUGAUGAUUUUCUGAGACCACAAACACCUCCCGUCCAGUGUCACCUGAGACCUGUACCAUUUCAUCGAGCUGAUGAUAUCCGGAGACUCAAGAAACCUCCUGACUGUUUUUUUGCACCCCUUCCUCCUUCUCCAGUUGAUGAUUCUCUGAGCCUGAAGACACCUCCCGAGUGUCUUCUGGUACCCCUUCCACCUUCUCCAGUUGAUGAUUUUCUCACACCACAGGCACCUCCCAUCAAGCGUCAUCACCUGGGACCUGUAGCAUUUCCUCGAGCUGAUGAUUUUAGGAGACCCAAGGAACCUCCCAACUGUUUUUUCUUAUCACUUCCACCUUCUCCAGUUGAUGAUUCUCUGAGCCUGAAGACACCUCCCGAGUGUCUUCUGCUACCCCUUCCACCUUCUCCAGUUGAUGAUUUUCUCACAUCAGAGGAACCUCCCAUCAAGCGUUGUCGCCUGGGACCUGUAGCAUUUCCUCGAGGUGAUGAUAUCAGGAGACUCAAGAAACCUCCUGACUUUUUUUUUGCACCCCUUGCACCUUCUCCAGUUGAUGAUUCUCUGAGCCUGAAGACACCUCCCGAGUGUCUUCUGGUACCCCUUCCACCUUCUCCAGUUGAUGAUUUUCUCACACCACCAGCACCUCCCAUCAAGCGUCAUCACCUGGGACCUGUAGCAUUUCCUCAAGCUGAGGAUUUUAGGAGACCCAAGGAACCUCCCGACUGUUUUUUCUUACCCCUUCCACCUUCUCCAGUUGAUGAUUUUCUCACAUCAGAGGAACCUCCCAUCAAGCGUUGUCGCCUGGGACCUGUAGCAUUUCCUCGAGGUGAUGAUAUCAGGAGACUCAAGAAACCUCCUGACUUUUUUUUUGCACCCCUUGCACCUUCUCCAGUUGAUGAUUCUCUGAGCCUGAAGACACCUCCCGAGUGUCUUCUGGUACCCCUUCCACCUUCUCCAGUUGAUGAUUUUCUCACACCACCAGCACCUCCCAUCAAGCGUCAUCACCUGGGACCUGUAGCAUUUCCUCGAGCUGAGGAUUUUAGGAGACCCAAGGAACCUCCCGACUGUUUUUUCUUACCCCUUCCACCUUCUCCAGUUGAUGAUUUUCUCACAUCAGAGGAACCUCCCAUCAAGCGUUGUCGCCUGGGACCUGUAGCAUUUCCUCGAGCUGAUGAUAUCAGGAGACUCAAGAAACCUCCUGACUGUUUUUUCGCACCCCUUCCACCUUCUCCAGUUGAUGAUUCUCUGAGCCUGAAGCCACCUCACGAGUGUCUUCUGGUACCCCUUCCACCUUCUCCAGUUGAUGAUUUUCUCACACCACCGGCACCUCCCAUCAAGCGUCGUCACCUGGGACCUGUAGCAUUUCCUCAAGCUGAUGAUUUUAGGAGACCCAAGGAACCUCCUGACUGUUUUUUCUUACCCCUUCCACCUUCUCCAGUUGACGAUUUUCUCACAUCACAGGAACCUCCCAUCAAGCGUUGUCGCCUGGGACCUGUAGCAUUUCCUCGAGCUGAUGAUAUCAGGAGACUCAAGAAACCUCCUGACUGUUUUUCUGCACCCCUUCCACCUUCUCCAGUUGAUGAUUCUCUGAGCCUGAAGAAACCUCCCAAGUGUCUUGUGGUACCUCUUCCACCUUCUGCAGUUGAUGAUUUUCUCACACCAAAAACACCUCAACUACAGUGUCACCUGAGACCUGUACCAUUUCAUCGAGCUGAUGAUAUUAGGAGACUCAAGAAACCUCCUGACUGUUUUUUUGCACCCCUUCCACCUUCUCCAGUUGAUGAUUCUCUGAGCCUGAAGACACCUCCCGAGUGUCUUCUGGUACCCCUUCCACCUUCUCCAGUUGAUGAUUUUCUCACACCACAGGCACCUCCCAUCGAGCGUCGCCUGGGACCUGUAGCAUUUCCUCGAGCUGAUGAUUUUAGGAGACCCAAGGAACCUCCCGAGUGUUUUUUCGCACCCCUUCCACCUUCUGCAGUUGAUGAUUCUCUGAGCCUGAAGACACCUCCCGAGUGUCUUCUGGUACCCCUUCCACCUUCUCCAGUUGAUGAUUUUCUCACACCACAGGCACCUCCCAUCGAGCGUCGCCUGGGACCUGUAGCAUUUCCUCGAGCUGAUGAUUUUAGGAGACCCAAGGAACCUCCCGAGUGUUUUUUUGCACCCCUUCCACCUUCUGCAGUUGAUGAUUCUGUGAGCCUGAAGACACCUCCCGAGUGUCUUCUGGUACCUGUUCCACCUUCUCCAGUUGAUGAUUCUCUGAGUCCACAAACACCUCCCGUCCAGUGUCACCUGAGACCUGUACCAUUUCAUCGAGCUGAUGAUAUCAGGAGACUCAAGAAACCUCCUGACUGUUUUGACCGUUUUUUGUUUUGUUUGCUUUUGUGUUUGUUUUUUGUUUUAUUUUUAUUGUGUUGGAGGAAGGCGUCUGUUAUGUUGUUGAUUCUAUUUAUUCAUCAUUUUUGCAACACAUAAAUUCAUUUAAGUAUUGAUUGUGCACCUAUCAUAUGAUAAGCAUUUUUUCAUCACUCCCCCUCUUCCAGAACCCUAAGCUUUUCUCACUGUUAGAACUGCUAGUUUAUUUGUAUUUCAGUCACUUUGACUAUAAACUCCUUGAGUGUAGGUGCUUAGAUUUUUUUCACUGCUUAGCCCCCAAUGCCUGUAUAGAGUAAGCUCUUUUUUUUUUUUUUUUUUGUACCAAAUGCCCAAUGGCCAAUUUAUUCUGUUUCAAUAACAACUAGGCAUCAUUUUCAAAGGGCCAUAUACUGACAACAGACUGCCCAGAAAUUAUCUCCCUGUAGGAAAACUACAGAAGACAAGUUCUUAGACUUUUAAUGCCCAUUACAGUAGCCAUUAAUGACAGGUGACUACCGAGCCUUGAAAUGCGAUAGUCCAAAUUUAGAUGUGCUAUAAGCUUAAAUUAUACACCACAUGUCAAAGCCAUAAGACCAAAAACUGUAAAAGAGUCUAGUAAUUUUAUAUUUAUUAUAUAUUGAAAUGAUAUUUGGUAUUUUAGAUAUAUUGAGUUAAAUAAAAGUUAAAUUCA